AUGUCGACUCACGGACGCGGUCGCGGCCGAGGUAGAGGUAGGAUAGGCACUUUUACUCCUGGCCUAGCAGGGAAUGAUCCAGUAGACUUCAUGGCUGCCCUGGGAAAUAUGGCUGCGGCUAUGCAGGCGACAGCCGAGGCACUGGGUAAUCAGAUAAACCAGGGUAAUCAUGGAAACAAUAAUGAUGAGGAUGGUCCCAUGACACUUGCUACAUUUCUGAAAGUUCACCCUCCGACCUUUAGGGGAACCUCAAAUCCCACAGAUGCAGAUAACUGGAUUCAAGCUAUGGAACGGGCACUGCAGGCUCAGCAGGUUCCUGAGGAGCAAUGGCUUAAGUUUGGAACUUAUCAGCUGCAGGCCAGAAAUGCCAAAGAACUUGAAUUGAUGCAGUUAAAGCAGGGACAGAUGACUGUUGCUGAGUAUACUAGCAGGUUUGAGGAGUUAUGUCGCUUUUCUCGUAUUUGUCAAGGUGCGCCUGAUGAUUUUGCUGAGUGGAAAUGUAUUAAGUAUGAGGGAGGUCUUCGAAGUGAUAUUCUGAGCUUCGUUGCACCAAUGGAGAUCAGAGUGUUUUCAGAACUGGUAAAUAAAAGUAGAGUUGCUGAGGAUUGUCUGAGAAAGGCGACAUCAGAUAAGAGUGAUCAGCGAAUUUUUGUUAGGAGAGAUCAGGGAAGGAACUUCGCCCCUAGAGGACAAGAUUUUAAGCGAGGCGGUUACACCCCACAACCACAUUUGGGUCAGAAUAACUUCCAGAGAUUCAGUAAUAAUAACAGUCAGGGAAGAGGCAAAGGAAAGCAAGCUCAGACCCCACCGAAUGAUUUAACUUGUAGGAGGUGUGGAAAGUACCACCCGAAUACUCCGUGCAGGGCUGGUUUAGGUGUAUGCUAUUACUGUGGUGAAGCUGGGCAUUUGUCUUGGAAUUGUCCAGAAAAGAAAAAGAAUCAAGAAGCUGGAAAGGCACAACAUCAGGGACGCGUGUUCACUAUGACAGCGGAUGGUGCUGGAACCGCAGAUACUCCGAUUAGAGGUAAUCACGCACUGAUAAUCGAAAUUUCCGACUGCCUUGCGUAG